AUGGUCCUUAUGGUAGAAGCAGUACUUAAUUUCCAUUGGAUUGAUAUACAUACCUGGCGCAAUUCACAGGAACAUAGUACCGAUGAAACUAUGCCCAAGUGCGGCUUAAACGCCCCCGCAAACAACCUUGGAAAUAUGAAAAUUUUGCCUUGA